GUAGGAGCUGCGCCUCUUCCAUGGGAGGGACUACAAAUUCCAGACCGGGACCAGUACAUGGAGAGGGAGUUUUGAGACAAACAUACUGAGGGGCAGCAGGCACCAUGUGCGGACCCAGAACACUUGAAGCCCCGCCAUUUGGGAAGAUUCUAAUGAAACAGGGCCUGGGCUUGAUUGUUGUCGGGCACCUGAAUUUUAUAGUGGGGGCUAUUGUCCAUGGACUAGUCCUGAGACACGUGGCUAGGCUUCAGGACACAGCAUCGGUGCAAUAUUCCGUAGCCAACAUCACAGCUGUGGUAUCUGCAAUCUUGAGCAUCUCCUGUGGGAUCGUGGCCAUUGUCCUAUCUCGAUACCUUAAACAUAGAUCUCUGCGCUGGGCAGCAGUGGUACUCAGCAUAAUUAAUGCCCUGCUAUCUGCUGCCUGUACUAUUGGUAUCGCCAUCUCCAUUAUAAUCACUGUGGUAAAUCAGGGUAGCACGCUGCUAUCCUCUUGCACGUUUGCCGACCUGGAACUCAUUCAGAUCUCAUACGAGUGUCCAUUUGACCCAACACGGAUCUAUAGCACCACUCUUUGUCUUUGGGUACUAUCCAUCUUACUGGAUAUCACAGAGGUUGUGUUCAGCUGCCAGUGUUUUUUCACUGUCCUUCACCUAAUGGAUAUCUACCUCUGCCACAAACGGAGGAGAAGAAGGAAGGUCAAGCUACAAUUUGCACAGGUAGCGAAUGACAUGGAAUCAGAAAACGAAGGGUUAAAUCCUGAAGAAAGUUGCAGUGUGUGGCUGUGACAACUGACCCAUACGGUUGUAACACAAGGACUGAACACACAAACUGAAUUGCAGAGAACCCUUCAACAUCUGAGGUAGAGGACAAGAUUCCAUUGGUGUCAUGUGAUAAAGGAUGUUCUCUAAGGAGAGGUCUGAUGCAGGAGCAAGUACGGCCGCCGUGUAAACCUGUCUGCACAAAAAACUAUCCUACCAAAUGGAGGGAUACACUACUGGGUAGUAUUUAUGUAACAUUGUCAGUCAUUUCUAAUGCAGCCAGUAAUAUAUGACUAAAAUGUAGAUCUUGUUGGUGUUCUACAGGGUAAUAUACUUCCAAUCUGGGCGUUAUUUAUAUGAAAAAUUCAGGUACAGAGAGAUGAAAUUGCCAUAGCAACCAGUGAUAUGUUCAUGCUGAUUAUUCCAAUUAUAUCCAGUACCCCCAUUGUCUUGACAACAGGCUCUAAUAUCAGAGGUUUCACAGUGGUUCAUGAGAUCAGUUUUCAUUUGCGACAUCUUCCAGGAAUCAAGUCCACACAGAGGGAUUAUGUGCCAAAGUUUUGUAAUUUGUGCAAAGUUUUGCAAAAUGUACUUUUCAUACCGUGAUAGAAGCAUUUAACUUGGUCUAAAAAACCAAACUGCAAUUUGUGAGGCCCCUGUUGUUGGAUUGGUAUAGGUGUGAAGGUACAUUGGGGUGUGGUGGACAGGUUACCUUUAUAUGACGAGCCAGUCAUUCAGUAAAAGAAGCAAGUAUGUUCAUUACAUGUCAGUAGACAGUACAGGCACUCCCUGACACUUAGGAGGUGAUUUAUAAAUGGUGGCGCUAUCAGAAAACUAGCAAUAAAUUCAUUUUGCAAAAGUCAUAACUAAUUUCUAAACAAAUUGCAACUUUUU